AUGACUGUCAGCAUCAUGUUCUGGUGCUCAGGGAAGAUAGGAGUCCUCAACAUCUCUUCAUUUGGAGGAGAGGAGGCUCAGGGGAGAUUGUGACCCUCUUUACAACUCUUUGAAAGGAGGUUGCAGCUAAGUGGGGGUCAGCCUCCUGUCUCAGGCUGGUUUGCGAAACCUGUAGAAGAGAUGAUACCUUUAAGACCUCAUUUGGAGAUGAAGGCGGCAUUUAUGGCUGAGAUGAAAGCUGAAAACAUCAAGCACUUUCUUUUCAAUUUUACACAGCGUCCUCACCUUGCAGGAACAAAAGAGAAUCUCCAUCUGGCUCAGCAGGUUCAAGCUGAGUGGAAGGAGUUUGGUUUGGAUUCUGUUCAGUUGGUUCAUUAUGAUGUCCUGCUCUCUUAUCCUGAUGAAAAUAAACCAAAUUACAUCUCAAUAAUUGAUGAGCAUGGAAAUGAGGUAUUCAACACAUCACUGUCAGAGCCGCCUCCUGCAGGGUAUGAGGCAGUUGGAGAUGUGGUGCCACCCUACAGUGCAUUUUCAGCCCAAGGAAUGCCUGAGGGUGAGUUAGUGUAUGUCAAUUAUGGCCGCACUGAGGACUUCUUUAAGCUAGAACGUGAAAUGGGAAUUAACUGUACAGGAAAGAUUGUUAUUGCCAGAUAUGGGAAGAUCUUCAGAGGAAAUAAGGUGAAGAAUGCUGAGCUGGCAGGUGCCAAGGGAAUUAUUCUCUAUUCGGACCCUGCUGACUACUGGGCUCCAGGAGUAGAUCCGUAUCCAAAUGGCUGGAACCUUCCAGGUGGAGGAGCUCAGCGUGGAAAUGUAUUAAACCUGAAUGGUGCAGGAGAUCCUCUGACACCAGGCUAUCCUGCAAAAGAAUACACCUAUCGGUUAGACAAAGCCAGUGGUGUUGGUCUCCCAAAAAUACCAGUUCAUCCCAUUGGCUACCAUGAUGCUGAAUCAUUACUGCGUAAUAUGGGAGGUUCUGCACCACCGCAUAGUAGCUGGAAAGGAAAUUUGAAUGUGUCUUACAAUGUUGGUCCUGGAUUCACAACAAAUUAUUCUACAAGAAAGAUAAAAAUGCACAUUCAUAGCAACAACAAAAUAACAAGAAUUUACAAUGUGAUUGGUACCAUCAGAGGCGCAGUGGAACCAGAUAGAUAUGUCAUCUUGGGAGGCCACCGUGACUCAUGGGUAUUUGGUGGCAUUGAUCCUCAGAGUGGAGCAGCUGUGGUUCAUGAGAUUGUGAGGAGCUUUGGAACACUGAAAAAAGAAGGUAAUUGUCAUGAGGGAAUAAAGCACACAAAAAACACUGCUUUCAACAGUGUCUGCUGAUAUCUCUGAGAUUUA